GCCGCCGCCGCCGCUGCUGUCAGGGAAGCGGAGGCGGCCGAUGGAGUCCGGGAGCGGCUGCUGCUGCUGAGGCAGCGGCUGCGGCGGCCCGACACCGACCCCACACCUCGUCCCCUCCGCGGGGGUCCCCGAAGCUUGGAAGUGCUGUGUCCUGCUGUGGCCAUGGGAGACACGGCAGUGGAGCCAGCCCCGCUGAACGCCUCUUCGGAGCCUGCUCCAAGCCCACCAGGAAAUAAUGGGGGUGCCCUGCUCAGUGUCAUCACUGAGGGGGUUGGGGAACUGGCAGUCAUUGACCCAGAGGUGGCCCAAAAGGCCUGCGAGGAGGUGUUGGAGAAAGUAAAACUUUUGCAUGGGGGUACAACCAGCUCCCCAGAAGGGGCCCCCCUCGAGCUUGUCAACGGGGACAGUGUAGGCAGUGAACUCCGCUGCCUGGACGAGCCGCCUGGCCGCAUCCGAGAGGAGGACGAGGUGGGGACCUCUGGUUCAGCUAAGGGGGCAAGGAGGCGGCGGCAGAACAACUCGGCCAAGCAGUCGUGGUUGCUGAGGCUGUUUGAGUCAAAGCUCUUCGACAUUUCCAUGGCCAUCUCCUUGUACAACUCCAAGGAGCCCGGCGUCCAGGCCUACAUAGGCAAUCGGCUCUUCUGCUUCCGCAACGAAGACGUUGACUUCUAUCUGCCCCAGCUGCUAAACAUGUACAUCCACAUGGAUGAAGAUGUGGGGGAUGCCAUUAAGCCCUACAUUGUUCACCGCUGCCGCCAGAGCAUUAAUUUUUCCCUUCAGUGUGCCCUACUGCUUGGGGCCUACUCUUCGGACAUGCACAUCUCCACCCAGCGACACUCCCGUGGGACCAAGCUCCGAAAGCUCAUCCUUUCAGAUGAGCUGAAGCCAGCUCAUCGAAAGAGGGAGCUGCCCUCCCUGAGCCCAGCACCCGACACAGGGUCAUCCCCCUCCAAAAGGACUCACCAGCGCUCCAAGUCGGAUGCCACUGCCAGCAUCAGCCUCAGCAGCAAUUUGAAACGCACAGCCAGCAACCCCAAAGUGGAAAACGAGGAGGAGGAACUCUCCUCCAGUACCGAGAGUGUUGAUAAAUCAUUCAGUUCCCCGGUCAGACUGGCUCCUGAGCGAGAGUUCAUCAAAUCUCUAAUGGCGAUUGGCAAGCGACUGGCAACACUGCCCACCAAGGAGCAGAAGACCCAGAGGCUGAUCUCAGAGCUGUCUCUACUCAACCACAAGCUCCCUGCCCGAGUCUGGCUGCCGACGGCCGGCUUCGACCACCAUGUGGUUCGGGUACCCCACACCCAGGCAGUUGUCCUCAACUCUAAGGAUAAGGCGCCCUAUCUUAUUUAUGUGGAAGUCCUCGAGUGUGAAAACUUUGACACCACCAGCGUCCCAACGCGGAUCCCUGAAAACCGGAUUCGCAGCACGCGGUCUGUGGAAAACCUUCCCGAAUGUGGCAUCACUCAUGAACAGAGAGCAGGCAGCUUCAGCACCGUCCCCAAUUAUGACAACGAUGACGAAGCCUGGUCUGUGGACGACAUAGGCGAGCUGCAGGUGGAGCUCCCCGAAGUACAUGCCAACAGCUGUGACAACAUCUCCCAGUUCUCUGUGGAUAGCAUCACCAGCCAAGAAAGCAAGGAGCCCGUAUUCAUUGCAGCAGGAGAUAUCCGACGGCGCCUCUCCGAGCAGCUAGCCCACACCCCUACUGCCUUUAAACGGGACCCAGAAGACCCCUCAGCGGUCGCCCUCAAGGAGCCCUGGCAAGAGAAAGUCAGGCGGAUCAGAGAGGGCUCCCCCUAUGGCCACCUCCCCAACUGGCGGCUCCUCUCAGUCAUCGUCAAGUGUGGGGAUGACCUGCGACAAGAGCUGUUAGCCUUCCAGGUGCUGAAACAACUGCAGUCCAUCUGGGAGCAAGAACGGGUGCCCCUUUGGAUCAAGCCCUACAAGAUUCUUGUGAUCUCUGCGGACAGUGGCAUGAUAGAGCCUGUGGUCCAAUGCUGUGUCAAUCAUCAGGUGAAAAAGCAGUCUCAACUCUCCCUGCUCGAUUACUUCCUGCAGGAGCAUGGCAGCUAUACCACCGAGGCAUUCCUCAGCGCCCAGCGCAACUUUGUACAGAGCUGUGCUGGCUACUGCCUUGUCUGCUACCUGCUUCAAGUCAAAGACAGGCACAAUGGGAAUAUCCUUCUAGAUGCCGAUGGUCACAUCAUCCACAUUGACUUUGGCUUCAUCCUGUCCAGCUCCCCUCGCAACCUGGGCUUUGAGACGUCAGCGUUUAAACUGACCACAGAGUUUGUGGAUGUGAUGGGAGGGCUGGACGGUGACAUGUUCAACUACUACAAGAUGCUGAUGCUGCAGGGGCUCAUUGCUGCCCGAAAACACAUGGACAAGGUGGUGCAGAUCGUGGAGAUCAUGCAGCAAGGUUGCCGAUGUUGCUCAGGAGAAUCCCCGCCCCGCCCCGUAAUGACGGUGGCCCAGGUGAUCUGUGAGUCUGCCUGCUUUCACGGCUCCAGCACCAUCCGCAACCUGAAGGAGCGGUUCCACAUGAGCAUGACAGAGGAGCAGCUGCAGCUGCUGGUGGAGCAGAUGGUGGACGGCAGCAUGCGCUCCAUCACCACCAAACUCUACGACGGCUUCCAGUACCUCACCAAUGGCAUCAUGUGACAUCCUGCUGCCAGCCCGGGCAUCAGGCUCCCUGGGAGGGUCAGUGUCCACCCAAGGGAGACAAGUGGGGAGAGAGCUACCAAGGAUCAUGUGGUAACAAGGAGAGAGCUUGCCCCGGGGGCAGAGGAGCGUGUGGGGAGGAACCUCUCUGACAGUAUUACCAGCCAGAGGUCCCUGGAGUCACUGCCCCCAUGGAGAUGUUGGGGGAAAGGAGACCUUCCUGGGGUCUGUGGUUUUCCUUGUCCUCCUCCUCCCUGUUCUGGGCCACAGGAAGAGGGAACUUGAGGACUGGCCAUACCAUUGCCCCGCUGGCACCUCUUCCCCCCCUGGGCCCCAUCCCUGCUGGAGAGGGGUUGGCAUAGCACCUGGUGCUCCCCCUGCAAGAGGGGGGGCUGGUUUGGACCCCGCCACUUCCAGUGCCCCCAUCAUGGAAGCAGGGGAAGGGGACCAGGCUUCCUUCCAUGGUGUGUGGGUCCAGCCCCUCAUUCUGCCCCAGGCCCAAAGGGGAUGGGGAUCCCUAUGUCCAUUCUGACCCCACUCCCUCUGGCCUAGGGAAAAUGCUCUCGAUUUUUUAUUUUUAUUUUUUUUUGGUUUGAAAUAAAGUCCUUAGUUAGCCA